CCUCGACAUCGAGCUCGGGAGCAGUCGUGGCACGUCAAUCAACGAACUCACCAGGAUCAUCCUCGGUGGGAUCGCCCAAAGACGCGCUCAUGAGCUCGCUGCAGCGGCAGGCCCUACAGGAGCGACGGCAAGUCUUACAGGCGAAGCAGAUAGCGGUCGCGGUAUCAACCAACUCACCGAUAGGGCAGUCACGCGUCGGCACGUCACUGGCAGCGUCAGCCCGGCAAAAGAGCAGGCUUCUUCUCGGCGGAAAGUCGAGCAGUAUCAGGCAGUCAACAUCGGACGAAAAAGACUUUCGGAUGCAGCCACAGAGUAAAGCACGAACGAAGAAGAAACCUAUAGGCGAAGGUAUAGCCAACCAAUGACUCUACUUCAACAAUGUAAUGAAUAUCAGUUGUGCAGCGCCCAAAGAAGGAUCACUUCGAUUUUCUUAUUUGUUAGGGUUCUACAACUGGUACUGGAAUUAUAAAUCAGGUGAGUCGGCACCAGUAGAAGCCACGUCGCCCGAUUCCGCUGCGGGUUCGAUGGCAGCUCUGCCCUCGCCCACCGACGCAGACGCCCUGGAAAUGUCAGCGAAAGAGUAUUGGACAGCAAUGUCUCAGGCUCUCGAACAAGCUUCCAUCGCAACAAAGAAGAGCAAAGCAGUGUACUACGAUUUUCAAUUUAUUCGGGAAGAAUUUCUACGAACUUUGAGAGUGCUGUUGUAUAGGAGGUGUGAGAUCUAGCGAGUAUAGAUGCUACACAUUUCAAUCUGGUUCAUCAGCAUGACAAUAAAAAGUCGUGAACACUGAAAUGAAGUGUUAGGUGUAGAAGAUUUAUCAUGCCUACGUACAUGCAAACAACUGUAGGUCCGACAUGGUGAACGCGUUGCAGUGCGAGUUCACCGUCGCGGAUCCGGAACAACAAGAAAUAAGCAGUCAAUGUGAUUUGCGGCCGAUACAAGAGGGUCCCUUUCUGUACCUGUUCGAUGUCGCGAUCGAUGAAGUGCAGUGGCGCGUUCUAAAAGUCGACGCAGGAACCGAUGAGGACGACUCCGCCAGUGCUAGUUCCUCUGGUGGAGGCAAGCAAGUGAAGUCGAACAUGGUUGCGGGCGUAAAUAGUGUGCAACUGCAGCCCUUUAUGGGAGACUAUAUGACCCAAGUACACGUGAGCGCAAAGCCUCGCACCGAUGCGACUGCGGACAUGCUGCGCGAACGAGACCUUCUGUUUCCAGCAAGCCCGGACGGUAGGGGCUUUGCAAAGUCGCCAGGCAGCGACUACGGUGUGCAGUUGCAAAAACACAUGCCGCGAUGCCAGAUAUUCGAGACUCACGAGUCUCACUCGCGGGCGCCAUCACUCAC